UGCAAAACCCACCCUCCAAAAUCUUGGUCGAAAAUGUUGGCAAACACCAACCUCGUUUCCUGCAACUUCUCUUCUCUUCCUCUAAAAUCUUCAAAAUCCAAAGCAUCAUUGCAAAUCCGAAACUUCAAUCCAGAGAAACCCAGAUUGUCACUCCUCAAGGCAGCCUCAAAAUCUUCGAGUUUCCUUAAACUCCCUUGUCUCAGAACUGCAUUCGUGCAGUUUCACAAAAAGGGUCAUCUUCAAACAUGCCACUCCAAUCUGAACUCCCAAGACUCGGAGGAAGAUACAGUUCUGGAUGAAGGGUCGUUGGCUACGCAGAGGGAGGGUAGUGGUAAUAAAGAGGAAAGGAACUGGACAAGCUCGCUUUUGCUGUUUCUUCUAUGGGGUGCUCUCAUGUAUUAUGUUUUCAAUCUUACUCCUGACCAGACUCCGUCAAGAGACACGUAUUUUCUGAAAAAGCUCCUCAAUUUGGCUGGGAACGAUGGCUUUAAGAUGAAUGAAGUACUUGUAUCUUUGUGGUAUAUCAUGGGUUUGUGGCCUUUGGUUUACAGUAUGCUAUUGCUUCCUACAGGUAGAAGCUCAAAGAGCAAUAUCCCUGUCUGGCCAUUCUUGGUUCUUUCUUGUUUUGGUGGUGCAUAUGCUCUUCUGCCCUAUUUUGUUCUUUGGAAACCACCACCUCCUCCUGUUGAAGAAACUGAGCUCACAAAAUGGCCUCUGAAUUUUAUGGAAUCAAAAGUAACUGCUGUGAUAUCAUUUGCUGCAGGGCUGUGUAUAGUUAUCUAUGCAGGUUUAUCAAAUGGUGGUGAAUGGGAAGAGUUUUGCCAGUACUUCAGGGAAAGCAAAUUUAUUCAUAUCAUGUCCAUUGAUUUUAUGCUCCUAUCUGCAUUUGCUCCUUUUUGGGUGUACAAUGAUAUGACUGCACGAAGAUGGUAUGACAAAGGUUGGUGGCUUAUCCCAGCAUCAUUGGUGCCAUUCCUGGGUCCUGCUUUAUAUCUGGUCUUACGACCGUAUAUGUCUGAAGUAUCUGCUUCAAUCAGCCCCAUUUCAUCCGGGCAGAAAUAAGUCUGAAAGUACAUCUCUGUAUAUCAACGGCUGAAUCCCAAAGGAAAA